AUGGCUGCCCCUGGGCAUGAAUUUGAGCGCCGCGCUUCUGUAGCGCAGCAGCGUCGCCUCUCACAACAAUUCAGGAGACAUGCAUGGCUAGCUCCUCCUUCAGCGACCAUUUAUGCAGGCAUUUCGACGUUCUUCUCAACCCAGCAAGCUUCGACAAUUGCCAUUGCCUUCCGCGAUACCACAUACCUUCUAGACUUUAUCGAGAAAGUAUUUGAUCCCGCUGAACACGAGCCCGAUGCGGAUGAAGCAACCGACUUUAUUAUCGCAGAGCUGAAAGAGUAUGGGGAGAAACAUUUGGAAAAGAUCGUCGGUGUAGCUAUGCCCAAACAUGUCGCAGAGCGAUGUUCCAGGCUUUGUUCACGCUUAUGGGCCGAACUCGACAUCCUUCCUCUGGUACUUCCAGAAUCCAGUGUCACAGACUGGUACACAUCACGUCAACGUAAGAUGGCUCCUGAUGGGGAUCCUAAAACGAUUGACGAAGAAGCGGAGUCCAUGUCGCGAAAAUGCGUGCGAUUGUUCGGACCGGAGAAUAUUCCCCUGCUGCAAGUGGGUUUUAUGGGCCUCGUGGAAGUUGAUACGGACUUCCACGUGCGACUCACAAACCUUGAUGAUUUUAAGAAAACGGUUUCGGCUAAGACAUGGUUUGCGGUCGAUCAUUAUGCUGAGGAUCUGAAGAAAAGAAAUGUUCGAAUUGCCUGCUUCAGCGCGACUCCUCAGGGUGGGGGAGUGGCUUUGAUGCGUCAUGCUUUAGUACGGCUCUCUUACUCCUUAGGCACGGAUAUUAGAUGGUACGUUCCCAAGCCUCGACCAGGAGUAUUCCGGGUGACCAAGGACAAUCACAACAUUCUACAAGGUGUUGCCCGCCCUGGGGAGCGCCUCAGUCAGCAAAACAAAGAAUUACUACAAUGCUGGAUUGAAGAAAACGCCAGGAGAUACUGGACUGGCCCUGAUGGGCCCCUCCUUCCUCCUUCGGAGGGAGGUGCCGAUAUCAUAAUAGUGGACGACCCUCAGAUGCCAGGUAUCAUACCCAUUGCGAAAGAGAAGGCUCCCGAUCGGCCGGUUUUUUUCAGAAGCCAUAUUCAAAUUCGUAGUGACCUCAUCGAGCAGCCUGGAACGCCCCAGGCCGAGGCAUGGGAUUUUCUAUGGAGCCAGAUGAAGCUUGCCGACUGCUUCAUCAGUCACCCAGUAAGUGCCUUUGUGCCUAGCGAUGUGCCAUCUGAAAUUGUGGGCUACAUGCCGGCUUCGACUGAUUGGUUGGAUGGGCUGAAUAAGAACAUGCGCGACUGGGAUGUGGCGCAUUAUGGACGCAUUUUCAAUGCAGCUUGCAGGAAUGCCGAUAUGACGACUAUUCGUUAUCCUGAAGACCAAUACGUGAUACAGAUAGCGCGAUUUGAUCCGUCGAAAGGCAUCUUUGAUGUGCUACACUCGUACGAGAAGUUCUAUGACCGCCUCGUCAACGCUCGGCCUGAUUUGGCACCUCCAAAGCUUUUAAUAUGCGGCCACGGCUCGGUGGAUGACCCAGACGGAGCGAUGAUCUAUGACGAAGUACUAGAGCAUAUUGAGACCAAGAUCCCUGAGCUCCGACAUAUGAUCUGCGUCAUGCGACUACGGCCCUCUGAUCAGGUUUUGAACGCUCUUCUCUCCAAGGCCACUAUUUCACUGCAGUUGUCCACUCGUGAAGGGUUUGAGGUCAAAGUGUCAGAGGCCAUCCACAAAGGAAAGCCGGUCAUAGCCACACGCGCUGGUGGCAUCCCGUUGCAGGUUGAACACAACAAAAAUGGGUUUCUGGUGGACAUAGGCGACACCGAUACUGUGGCACAUCACCUAUUCAACCUGUGGACCGACGAGGAUCUGUAUCGUCGUAUGUCGCAAUAUGCAAUUAGCCACGUCUAUGACGAAGUGAGUACCGUGGGAAAUGCUUUGGUUUGGUUGUAUCUUGCCUCGAAAUUUUCCAAGGGCGAGCUAGUACGUCCAAAUAGGCGUUGGAUUAAUGACAUGGCCUUUGAGGAACUUAAUCUUCCAGCGACAGGGGAUGUCCCCCAUCUGAAGCGUGCAGUCGAGGUCGAGAACAUGGGAUAG